UAAAGUUUAAAUUAUUCACUCAAACCCUCGCGCCUCCAUCUCUUGACCACAGCUCUACCACUCUGCCUCGCCGGCUAUCCACCGCCCAGCAACGCCAGUUUCCUCGCCGCCUGCCUACUUCACCUGCCUCGCCGCCCUCGCUGGGUUGUUCUCCAGCAGAUACAUUCACAAUGAAAAAGAAGGUCGACGAACGAAUUAGGACCCUAAUUGAAAAUGGCGUCAAAGCUCGUCAUCGCUCCAUGUUCGUUAUUAUUGGUGAUAAGUCACAAGACCAGAUUGUGAAUUUGCAUGCCAUAUUGAGACACUCAUUGAAGAAGUCAAACCCGAAUGUGUUAUGGUGCUACAAGGAAAAACUCGAUCUCAGCAGUCACAAAAAGAAGCGGGCGAAGCAAGUAAAGAAGCUAAUGCAGAGGGGCUUGUUGGAUCAAGAGAAGGCUGAUCCUUUCUCACUUUUUCUUGAAACUACUGACAUAACAUAUUGCCUAUACAGAGAUUCUGAAAGAAUUCUUGGUAACACUUUUGGCAUGUGUAUAUUACAGGAUUUUGAAGCUUUGACGCCAAAUCUUCUAGCAAGAACUAUUGAAACUGUUGAAGGUGGUGGAUUGAUAUUAUUGCUGCUCCGCUCUCUUUCCUCACUCACUAGCCUCUACACUAUGGUUAUGGAUGUUCAUGAGAGAUUCCGUACAGAAUCUCAUUCUCACGCAACUGGGCGCUUCAAUGAGCGCUUCUUACUUUCACUUGCUUCCUGCAAAUCUUGCAUUGUCAUGGAUGAUGAACUAAACAUAUUGCCGAUUUCUUCCCAUAUGAAAUCAAUCACACAGUUGCCGGUUCAAGAGGAUUCUGAAGGACUUUCAGAAGCAGAGAGAGAACUUAAGAGUUUGAAGGAACAACUGAAUGGUGAAACUCCUGUUGGUCCUCUUAUUAGAAAAUGUUGCACAAUGGACCAGGGUAAAGCAGUUGUUGCAUUCCUUGAUGCAAUUCUGGACAAGAACCUCCGUAGGACAGUAGCCUUGCUUGCUGGACGUGGUCGUGGGAAAUCAGCUGCUCUUGGUCUGGCAAUUGCUGGAGCUGUUGCAGCAGGAUAUUCCAAUAUUUUUGUUACUGCACCAAGCCCAGAGAAUCUGAAGACCCUGUUUGAAUUUGUAUGCAAAGGAUUUAAUAUGCUCGAGUACAUGGAGCACCUGGAUUAUGAUGUGGUGAAAAGUACAAACUCUGAAUUUAAGAAGGCAACUGUGCGAAUCAAUAUUUACAAACAACACAGACAGACUAUUCAGUAUAUUCAGCCACAUGAACACGAAAAGCUCUCACAAGUGGAAUUGCUGGUUAUUGAUGAAGCGGCGGCUAUACCUUUGCCAAUUGUGAAGUCCCUGCUUGGUCCUUAUCUUGUAUUCCUCUCAUCAACUGUGAAUGGGUAUGAAGGCACUGGGAGGUCAUUAUCUUUAAAACUGCUACAGCAACUCGAGGAACAAGAUCGGGUUUCAAGCAAACGUGUGGAUACUACUGUAUCAGGCCGAUUCAAAAAGAUUGAAUUGAGUGAAGCAAUCAGAUAUGCAUCUGGCGAUCCAAUUGAAAGCUGGCUUCAUACUUUGCUGUGUCUGGAUGUAACACAUUCCGUUCCUAGUAUAAGCAGGCUACCUCCACCUAGUGAAUGUGAUCUAUAUUAUGUCAAUCGAGAUACACUAUUCUCCUAUCACAGGGACAGUGAAAUAUUCUUGCAGAGGAUGAUGGCUCUAUAUGUUGCUUCUCACUACAAGAAUUCUCCAAAUGACUUGCAAUUGAUAGCUGAUGCCCCAGCUCACCACUUAUUUGUGCUACUUGGUCCCGUUGAUGAGUCCAAAAACAAUCUUCCUGACAUUCUGUGUGUAAUUCAGAUUUGCUUUGAGGGACAAAUUUCUCGAAAAUCUGCCCUUAAAAGCUUGAGUGAUGGCCACCAGCCAUCUGGAGAUCAGAUACCCUGGAAAUUUUGUGAGCAGUUCCGUGAGACAGUUUUCCCAAGUCUUUCAGGUGCUCGAAUUGUACGGAUUGCCACACAUCCUAGUGCAAUGAGGCUUGGCUAUGGUUCAGCCGCCGUUGAACUUUUAACAAGGUAUUUUGAGGGCCAACUGACCGCAAUCUCAGAAAUAGAAGCAGAAGAACUUUUAGAUGAUUCUCCAGUCAGAGUUGUUGAGGCUGCAGAGAAGGCAUCUCUGCUGGAAGAAAAUGUGAAGCCUAAAACUGAUCUACCCCCAUUGCUCGUACCUCUCCGUGAGCGUAGACCGGAAAAGCUCCACUACCUAGGGGUCUCUUUUGGGCUCACUCAAGAUCUUUUCCGCUUUUGGAGGAAACAUGAUUUUGCUCCAUUCUACAUUAGCCAAGUUGCGAACGCUGUUACCGGUGAGUAUACAUGCAUGAUUCUGAAGCCAUUGCAAUGUGAUGACAUCGAAUCUAAUAAAUCAGAUCCUUUGGGCUUCUUCAGCCCCUUUUAUCAAGUGUUCAGGAAGAAAUUUACCAAGUUUCUAGGACGUUCAUUUCGUGAAAUGGAGUACAAGCUUGCUAUGAGCAUCUUGGAUCCAAAAAUCAACUUCUCAGAUGUGGAAACUACACCCUCUUCCAGUGGAAAUUUGAAUUCAAUUAGUGAAACACUAUCAUCCUAUGCUAUGAUGCAACUAGAAGCAUAUACAAAUAACCUUGUUGAUUACCGCAUGACCGAGGAUUUUGUGGAUGAUCUUGCCCGUGCAUAUAUGAUGGAGAAGAUUCCGGUUUCCUUAUCUUAUGCUCAAGCUUCUGUUUUACUCAGCAUGGGUCUGCAGGGAAAAGAUAUCUCUCGUAUCGAGACGGAGAUGAAUUUGGAAAGGCAGCAAAUAUUGUCGUUAUAUAUGAAAGUCAUGAAGAAGUUCUACAAAUAUUUGAGGAGUAUUGAACUGAAAGACACUCUUCCAACCGUGUCCCGCCUAAACGACAUUACGAUGGAGCCACUCCCCGUAUCUCUAGACGAUGAUCUUAACGAUGCAGCAAAGCAAGUUGAGGAGGAGAUGAAAUCCAAGGGUGAAGGAGGGCUCAACCCCGAGUUUCUUCAACAGUAUGCCAUUGUUGAUAAAGAGGCGGAUUUUGAGAAAGCUUUGCAAAAGGGGUCUGGGAAACUCUCCGCCGGUGCUCUCGUUAGCAUAAAAUCUGAGAGGAAAAAGAUCGACAAGCAAAUCGAUAGCGAAAAGAAGAGAAAUAAACAUGAUCGAAGCAGCUCCAAAUCAAACAAGAAGAGGAAAACCUAACUAUAUAUUUAUGUCCUUUUAUUUUUCAAGCCUUUAACUGCAACGAGUGUAGUUUUGUAUUGUUAGUAGUACAAUUUUUUAGUGACACCAUCUUUAAUUUAAAUAUGUUGAAAUUUUGAAUGAUUGUGGAGAAAUUCAAUUUUGUCUAUUUCAAUAUAUGCAGUAUUCUAAAUUU